AUGAAGCUGCAGAUCAUGUCCCCGGCCGCGGCGCGCGUCGACUUCAAGGUCCCGCCGGCCCCCCGUCUGGAAACCCUGGAAGGCAAGACCAUCGGCCUCUACAACAAUAUGACCGGGGGAGCCGAGGUGGCCGUCAACCGUGUCGCCGAGCACCUCGGCCGCCGCUUUCCCAACGUGAAUUUCGAGAGCUACGGCGGCAGCCUGCGGGACGGCCGGCCAGUGCUGAGCCGUGGCGUGCAUAUCGACGAUGAGGAAGCGGCAGUCAUUGCCACCGAGGUUGACGCAAUGGUGGGCGCCGCCGCCCAUUGA